UUUACGUAGCCAUGCUGCAUCACUUACUGACCAAGAGACGGCGUCUUUUUAUAUCUGCUGCACGGUCAUGUUGUCUUCAUGCAUCAACUGACACUGGCCGGAGGAUAUACGCUGAAUUUCCUGAGGGGAAAGCGGGCAUAUUUGCAAAAAAAAAAAAGGACCAACAGCGACGUUAUUAAAGCUAGCUAGUUAGCUAGCCAGCCAGGCGCGCGCACGCUCAUCAACUGCUUGAGGUCAACUUGAUUUCCUGCAAGGCUCUGAACACAAUGAUUGGCUCCUGCUUUUCUCGAACUACCUGCUUCUAACUGCAUCCUGAUUGGACAGUUCCUGUGCAGAGAGCUUAUUGGAGCCGCAGUUGCCAUGACUUAGUCAUACUGUGUUUUCAGAGAUGGAGAAAAAGAAAAUGUGUCAGCGCCUCCUGGACUACCUGGUGGUAGUUGGAGCCAGGCAGCCCAGUAGUGAGAGUGUGGCCCAGACGCCCCAACUGCUGAGGCGCUAUCCACUGGAGGACCACUCUGACUUCCCUCUUCCCCCAGAUGUGGUGUUUUUCUGCCAGCCAGAAGGCUGCUUGAGUGUGCGACAGCGCCGCGUCAGCCUGCGAGACGACUCGUCCUUCGUCUUCACGCUCACUGAUAAGGACUCGGGCGUCACGCGCUAUGGCAUCUGCCUCAACUUCUACCGCUCCUUCCAGCGAGGCCACCACCGCUCACGUUCAGAAUGCAAAGACAAGCCUCCACAGACAGACCCUGCAGUCGAGGCCACUGAGAAAUGUGACCCCUCCACGUUGUCCCUCUCGGGUGACCACACGGCGCCCAUGGCGGGAGAUGGGCCACCAGAGCCGGGCGCCGGAAGAUCACCCCGUCCCAAACGCAGCACCAGGGCAUCAGCACGGAAUCGCAGCAGCAUGCUGACAUCACUGUGCAUCCUGAGCCACUACCCGUUUUUCUCCACCUUCAGAGAGUGUCUGUACAUCCUCAAACGCAUGGUGGACUGCUGCAGCCACAGACUCAAUCAGAGAGCAGGCAUUGCCAAGGUUAACCAGCGGGACGCCAUGUGGCGUGUGUUGGCUGGCGCGCUUUCCGUCGAAGAGAAGGAGAAAGGUACUCAGCUGCUCCAUGACCUGAGGGAAAUGGAAUCGUGGGUGUACAGGCUGCUGCGCUCACCAGUGCCUGUGGCAGGCAUGCGACGUGUCGACGUGGAAGUGCUGCCUCCAGAACUGCAGCCGGCGCUUACUUUCGCCCUGCCCGACUCGUCCCGAUUCUGUCUUGUGGACUUCCCGCUGCAUCUACCCUUGGAGCUACUGGGAGUGGACGCCUGCCUGCUGGUGCUCAGCUGCAUCCUGCUUGAACACAAGGUGGUACUUCAGUCUCGAGAUUACAAUGCCCUCUCCAUGAGCGUGAUGGCUUUUGUGGCCAUGAUCUAUCCUUUGGAGUACAUGUUCCCCGUCAUCCCUCUGCUUCCCACCUGCAUGGCUUCAGCUGAACAGCUCCUACUAGCACCCACUCCAUACAUCAUUGGUGUGCCCGCCAGCUUCUUCCUGUAUAAAUCAGACUUUAAAAUGCCUGAUGAUGUUUGGCUGGUGGAUCUGGACUGCAACAGGGUCAUUGCUCCCAACAAUGCAGAAAUACUCCCACCUUUGCCCGAACCAGAAGCCACAGAGUUGAAGAAACACCUGAAGCAGUGUCUGGUUAGGUUGACUGUGAUCACCCAAAAGCAGAUCUUCACCUCCGACACAAAGGCUUUGGCCAGUAUGAGUCUGAAUACUCAGCCUAUUCUAAACCUGGAGAAGUUCCAGGAGGGUCAAGAUUUGCCUCUUCUGCCCCCAGGCCGUGAUAAGUCCUCCCCCUCCUCCACGGAGUUUAACCCCCUUAUUUACGGAAAUGAUGUCGACUCUGUGGAUGUGGCCACAAGGGUGGCGAUGGUGAGGUUCUUCAACUCCCCAAAUGUACUGCAGGGGUUUCAGAUGCACACACGCACACUGCGACUCUUCCCACGACCUGUGGUAGCCUUUCAGGCCACGUCUUUCCUGGCAUCACGGCCACGGCGCACCAGCUUUGCCGAGAAGCUCUCUCACACACAGGCUGUGGAAUAUUAUGGGGAGUGGGCCCUGAACCCUACAAACUUGGCCUUCCAAAGGAUUCAUAAUAAUGUGUAUGACCCCUCCCUGAUAGGUGAUAAGCCGAAGUGGUAUGCUCAUCAGUUGCAGCCUGUGUUUUAUCGUGUGUAUGAUGGAAAUUCGCAGCUUGCGGAGGCUAUAAGCGGACCACUGGAGGAUGAUGGUAAUGAGUCGGACCCUACAGACGACAGUGGAAGUGACAGCGAAGCGUAUGAUGAUUCCAGCUCUUCUUACUCGUCACUGGGAGAUUUUGUGAAUGAAAUGAUCAAAGGGGACAUCCAGGGUGACACACCAAAUGUUGAUCCCUUGACACAUGCAGCACUGGAGGAUGCUAGUGAAGUGGAAAUCCAUGAAUUCCAGGAGUACAAGGGUAUGAGCGAGGAGCACGGGUCCGAGGUCGAGGGUUUUGCCGAGGCCGUAGAUGGCCAGCCGCACCGCUCCAGCUCCAGCACCACAGCCAGCUCCAGUCCCAGCACCAUCAUCCAGGGAGUGAAUCAUGAGCCGAUUGAGCCUGUUGAGAUUGAGGCAUCAGCUAGUGUGGCUCUGCAAAACUCUGUCCCUGGAUUAUGUCUCCCACCGUUCACUCGAUCCAGCCCAGAGCCGAUGCCUAUGGACUCUACAAGUAAGAAGCGAGAGUAUGAUAACCCAUAUUUUGAGCCGCAGUAUGGCUUCCCUGCAGAAGAGGAGGCUGACAGUGAGGAGCAAGAGGAGAGCUACACGCCACGCUUUCACCAGAAUGUCAAUGGAAACAAGCCAUCUCGCCCAUUGAGGCCAAGCAGCCUGAAACUUCCAGGCGAGUGUGAUGGAGAAGGAGACUCUAAGAACAGUUCACCCAACUCCACUAUCUCGAACAACAGUGGCGAUGGCUUCGGUGGACUCAUGUCUUUUGCAAGUAACUUGUAUAAGAACCAUGGCACCAGCUUUAAUCUGUCCAGUCUGGCUCUGCCUAACAAAGCAGCCAGAGAGAAGAAUACUCCUUUCCCAAGUCUUAAAGGCUCCCGUGCUCCUCGAGCACUGGUGGAUCAAAAGUCCUCGGUGAUUAAGCACAGUCCCACUGUAAAGAGAGAGCCACCUUCGCCCCAAGGCCGAGCCAACAACACCAGUGAAAAUCAGCAUUUCCUCAAGGAUGUGGUACUGAGCGUGUUGGAUGGCCAGGGUGUCGGUUGGCUCAACAUGAAGAAGGUGCGCCGUCUGUUGGAAAACGAGCAGCUGCGUGUCUUCAUGCUUAGCAAGCUCAACCGUGCCAUCCAGUCAGAAGAGGACGCUCGGCAAGAAGUCAUCAGAGAUGUGGAGAUUAACAGAAAGGUGUAUAAAGGCAUGUUGGACCUGCUGAAAUGCACGGUUUCCAGUCUGGAGCACUCCUACACUAAUGCAGGCUUGGGUGGCAUGGCCAGUGUUUUCAGCCUGUUAGAAAUUGCACGAACUCACUACCAAACCAAAGAGCCAGAGAAGCGAAAGCGGAGUCCCACGGAUGGGGGGAGCAGUCCGGGCAGUAAGGAGAGCCCGUCUGUCCGCGUUGAGAGUGCCAGAGCGGCAGGCGUGCUCCUGAUGCCCAGAAUUCAGCUGCCACCCCCUCCCUCUGGGAAAGGAGCACGCCAGUUUGACACCCGGAGUCUGAACGAAGAGAAUUUUAUUGCUUCUAUUGGGGCUGAUGGUGCAAAACAGCGUCCAGAAGGGGGCGAUACAGAGGAGAAGAAAUCUCAGAUCAGUGCAGACAGUGGCCUCAGUGUGACCUCAGGCUCUCAGAAGAGUGAUACGGAGUCGUUGGCGAGCUCCGAGCCUCCAGUUUUGACGAGGAGUACCAGUCAGGACUCUGAGGCCAGCACAGUGGUGAGUAACAGCUCAGGUGAGACUCUGGGAGCUGACAGUGACCUGAGCAGCACAGCAGGAGACGGACUGAGCGGCCGUCCCUCUCCUCACCUCGCUCUGUCUCGGUCCACUCUCUCAGACAGCGAGAUCGAGACCAACCCUGCCACCAGCUCUGUAUUUGGAAAGACCCAUAAGCUGAAGCCAGGUGUGAAAGAACCUGUUGGAGGUGUGGCUAAGGGAGCUCCUGCCCCACCUCUUGAAGAUCUCAGCCUGAGGAUCUACCUGUGUGAGGGGCUUCUGGGUAAGGAGCGCUCUACACUGUGGGACCAGGUGCAGUUUUGGGAGGACGCAUUUCUGGAUGCUGUAAUGCUUGAAAGAGAGGGGAUGGGGAUGGACCAGGGACCACAGGAGAUGAUUGACCGAUACCUGUCACUGGGUGACCAUGACCGUAAGAGACUGGAGGAUGAUGAGGACAGACUGUUGGCCAAUCUCUUGCACAACAUGAUAGCCUACAUGCUCAUGAUGAAGGUGAAUAAGAACGACAUCAGGAAGAAGGUCCGCCGUUUAAUGGGGAAAUCACACAUCGGUUUGACCUACAGCCAAGAGAUCAAUGAGGUCUUGGACCGCCUGGCACAGAUGAACGGAAGGGAACUUCCCAUAAGGCCAAGCGGAAGCCGCCAUAUAAAGAAGCAGACUUUCGUCGUGCAUGCUGGGACUGAUACCACAGGGGACAUAUUCUUCAUGGAGGUGUGUGAUGACUGCAUUGUACUACGCAGUAACAUUGGGACAGUGUAUGAACGAUGGUGGUACGAGAAACUGAUCAAUAUGACCUACUGUCCAAAGACCAAAGUGCUGUGUCUGUGGAGGAGGAAUGGACUGGAGACGCAGCUUAACAAGUUCUACACGAAGAAGUGUCGGGAGCUGUACUACUGCGUCAAAGACAGCAUGGAGCGUGCAGCGGCAAGACAGCAAAGCAUUAAACCAGGUCCAGAACUGGGAGGAGAGUUCCCCGUGCAGGAUAUGAAGUCGGGUGAGGGGGGUCUCCUGCAGGUCACCCUCGAGGGGAUUAAUCUCAAAUUCAUGCACAGCCAGGUUUUCAUAGAGCUGAAUCACAUUAAAAAGUGCAAUACAGUGAAGGGAGUCUUUGUCCUGGAGGAAUUUGUUCCUGAAACUAAAGAAGUGGUGAUCCAUAAGUACAAAACUCCCAUGGCACAUCAGAUCUGUUACUCCGUGCUCUGUCUCUUCUCCUACGUGGCUGCAGUGAAGGGGAAGGAGGCAGAGGGCAAACCCAAGAUGCUGUCCCCUCGCCCGUUACCCAGCUAGUGCACACUUCUGCCUGCUGUAUUAUAUUCUGGCUUUGUCCACAACCUCACUGUAAAAGCUUACACUAUAACUUAUUCUCCAGAUUAUCCACACAUCUGCUUCUUUACUGCUGUCUUGAGCUUCUGGCUUACCUGCCUGUCCUGGACACUCUUCCUUACGCUUAUCCACACACCCGAAGUAGUUAAUCAAGAUCAGCGACAAGUAUAAAGAUACAGUUUUCCUUCCAGCUAUUGUUGUUUAUCAGAAUGGAACAGCAACCACUGCAGAUCUUUCCUCAACUCCUAUUCAGCACUGUCCUCGGUUUUUUUUUUUUUUUACCUCUUGUGAGCCAUAUUGCCGUGCUGCUGUCCCCUUCUCUUGCAUGUGAACAGAGGUGCCCACAUCCAAACCAUUGCCAACAUUAAACUCAGCACUGGUAUGUUCAGAAGAGCGCCCUCUGUCCUAGCAAGUGCUCCAGCUUCCCCUUUCCUUAACCCGUCUUUAGAAAUCCCAGAAAAAUAAUUCUGUAUAGUCACUGGGAACAUAACAUCUGUCCUGUCCAAUGACUAUAUUUAAAAUGCGACGUUUUGAGGCUACGGAGCGUGUGCGCGCACACUCACGGAUGUGAGCCUUAGCAGGUGACCAGAGUACUUCAGUGUUUCAUUCAGCCUGUUCCCUCUGCUGUAUUUCGUCCAAGGUGUGUGUACAGCUUUAGCUUUGCCUCGAGCCUACUGUACUAGUUUUACUGUAAAACUGUCUGUGAACAGCUGUGAUAAAUUGCAUGUUGCUGUAAAAACAAUGGAGAAAAAAAAAAGCAGAAGAAAAACACUGAAUAAUAAUACGAAAAACAUGCUGUACAUUUCACUGGCGCAAAGAAGAAAUUUAAUGUUUUAAAACAAACUGUGGUUUGUUGUAGAUGUGCAAUACUGUAGUGGGUAUGAAGAACAAGUUCUCCACUGUCCCCUGUGAGAGUGAAAGGUGUGUGUGUGUGUGCGUGUGUGUGUGUGAGAGAGAGAAUGCAUUUCUGAACCGCAGUGAUGGAGGCAUUGAGUGUGUGAAUGCCGAAACAGCUGAUUUUGGAGAUCUCUUGUGUUCAGAUAUGGAUUCGUAGGCGUCUGAUAUCCUGUCGUCAAAUCACUGAAAGAAUCUACAUAUGUAAUUUAAGAAACAUCCCAUUUAAAUUAUUUUCUUGCUUGUGUGUGUGUGUGUGUGUGUGUGUGUGUAUAUAUAUAUAUUACACACACACACGAGGAGUGUGCCUACAAAAGUCACUGAUACGCAUUUUUAAUGUUCUUUUAUGUGGUGUUCUAAUUUUAAAUAGUUGUCCAUUUCAGAAAGUGUAUGUAGAAAAUGGCGCCUCCAUGAAGAGCAAUCAUUUUAAGAUGGUCUUAAAGGCCCGUGGUCUGUAGGCUUAGUUGUAAAUAGCACAAGAUUUGAUUGAUUCAGCAGGUCAAAGAGUCUCCAAAGACGAAUGUUUUGGUGCGAAUGCUGAGUGACCGAGAGAAACAGAUACUGUAGCAUCUGAGCUUGUCAGGUCUUUUCAUUGAGUUCCUCUUACUACUGAGGACCAGAGGGAAAAGGAAACUCAAGAUGUUGGAUGUAAAUAUUUCAGUGUUUAAAAAGUAUUUAUAGAACCUGUACAGCUUUGGCAAUAUGACAAUAAAAGAUGUUUAACCCGAAUAA